AUGGCCGAGCUGCAUUUCUCCACAAACCUACAAGCUUCGGCCCACCCGGUUCAACCAACAACACGCAUCAAAUUGAAGGUUUUGAAGAGCGUAAUCGUACCGCCGCUAGAGUACGCCGGAGAAGUAUGGGCAGGAAAUAAGAAGGUAGUGAAAGAACUCGAGACGGCACAGAUGAAAGCAGCGAAAAUCGUCCUAGGAUCCUCCAAGCGCACAAGUAAUGCAGCCGUGAGGGCAGAAUUGGGGAUCCAAUCCCUACGGUCGGGAAGAGACGCGAGGAAGCUGACAUGGCAGUAUCGCAUGUGCGGGAUGGGAGAGGAGAGGUCGCCGAGAAUGGUACGGGAGGCGAAGUGGGCAAACAAAUAG